AUGAAGUUUCGAUUGUUGCCGGUUGUAGCCGUGCUACCAGGCAUGUCCAAGCUUGAUUGGGCGGGCAACUGGUUCCCACGAGCGACCGAGGGUGAUGGGGAUGCCAGUGACUUGGAAGAUGAGUCGGAGCCCGAUGCACAAGGUGCAGAAGCUGAUUCCGAGGAUGAGCAGAUGAUGGCGGAAGUAGCUGUGCAUCAGGUCGCAAAGGCUGCGCCUAUGGCCAUGCCGGAGUGCAUAGCCUUUAGGCACUGGAUGAGUGGAGUUGUGCACUUGAGCCCUGUUGUGACUUCAGAUGACGAUGGGGAGGCAUGCGUGUUCAAGUGUGGGAGGAGGCAUGCCCUGUUUGUGCAGCUUGGGAAGGCCCAAGCUCUCGUGAGGCAAAGGUGCACGCGCAUUGGCGUCCCGGAAGCCGUUGUGAAGAAGCUUGCUACCCAUGGGUGGAACACUUAUGCUACCUUUGGCUUCUGCAUCCAGAAUCAUGCUGAUGACAAGUCGUUCGAGUCACAGGUCAUAGGACCCGUGUUGGGUACCGACCCAGCUGUGGUCGCCCACGCUGCGAAGUUGCGUAGGUUGUUCAUGGAGUCCUACACUGUGUCUGCGGGUGAAAUCAAGAGACAGGCUGAGGCGUCGGAACAGGAUGCACCGCGGAAGUUGCCACCGCAAGAGAUGGCAGCCCGAAUCGAGCUGUUGGCAGCGAAGAUUGCUCCCUUGAAUAUUCAGGAUCGCCUUGAGCCAUCCCAGAACUUGGUUAGUUUGGCGUGCCAGAUGUUGGAUGAGGGUCGUGUUAGGUACAUCUCUUGGGCGCAGUGCACCACAAGGUCGCAGGAGAUCAACGCUGUCAAGGAGAUCAAUAACCUUAAGAUUUGGCAGCCAGCCAAGGAUGGUGUCAUCAAGGAGACGCGUGUGGAGCCAGGCAUGACAGCGGCAGUGGCUACGGAGCUUGAGGUUCACCAGGCGCUGCGUCGUAGAGGCAUUGCUUAUGCUGUGGCACAGGUGAUGUCCUUUGCCCGUCAUGAAGAACUGAUAGCCCUCUUGUUUGAUGAGUUGCAACGCGAGGCAAAGGCUGGUUUCCACCCCGUGUCACUGGCUCAGCUUGCGCAGGCGGACAGAGAGAUUCACGUUCGGUUGGGCGAGGCAACCAGGGCAAACGGACCUGGUGGUGAGCUCCCACUUGAUGUUCCGUUGACCCGUGUCUUGCAGAGCCCGGCGGUCAUGUGGUUACUCAUGCCUCGACUCAAGCAAGGGUCAGCGCCAGCAACCGAGGAGCCGGAGGCGGCUGAGACGCCCAAGAAGAAGACUCGCAAGAACAAGAAGAAAGACCCGAAAAAGGAGGCGGAUGUUGAGACACCGCCUGCCAAGAAGCGUCGAGUUCCCAUGCCAAAGGCGCUGAUUGGAGGCACGCCCGAGGAUCCUGAGAGAAACUCGCUGUGUUUCGGGUUCUCGUUGAAGACCUGUAAGGUGCAUGGACCGAAGUGCGACAAAGGUCUGCACAGGUGUUGCUUCUGCUAUGGGCAUCAUCCUGGUGUCGAGUGCAGAAGCAAGAAGGCGUGA